AUGCGUGCAGCCCGCCGGCCGAGGCGGUGAGGGGAGGCGGCGAGGGGAGGCGGCGGUGGUCCUGCGGGCAGCCAUGAGCGGGUUCGGGGCUGCGGCGCCGCCUUCGGGCUCCUCGGCUGUGGCGGGGGCCCGGAACGGCAGCAGCGACAGCCUGGAGAAGAUCGACAUGUCCCUCGAUACCUGGGGAGAGAAGUCUUGUUUGCUUUUUUCCUAUCAUGUCAACCUCGGUGAACAUAUGAAGAUAACUGAUGAUAUAAUUAAACUGAACAAGAAAGAAGAGAGAAAGCAAUAUUCCCCUAAAAUGAAAAGAGGACUUCAGCAGAAUCGAACUCGACAGUUCAGGACACCAGGCUCCAAGUGGGGAAUCCAACAGCAGAAAGGUUAUGGUAAAAAUCGUUUGGGACGGAGGAAGAAGAUAGCAGGGAAGAAGCGUUCUUAUGGAGUUAUAACCGGCUUGGCAGCCAAGAAAGCAGUGGGUUCACACAAAGGAAUUAGUCCCCUGAACAGACAACCACUUAGUGAGAAGAAUGCACAGAGGAAUUACCCUGUUUUGAAAAAGAAAACAAACCUGCAGAGACAAUCUGAAAUGCAGAGAAAACAAGCUCCAGCCCUUAGGAGGCCUGCCCCACUAAAUAGAAGGAAUAACAUGCCAUCCACUUUUGCCAGAAUUGGAAACAAACUAAAUCAGCAGAAAGACACUCGUCAAGCAACUUUCCUGUUCAGAAGGGGCCUGAAGGUGCAGGCCCAAGUGCAGUCAACAGAUGAUCUUGAUAAUCAGACAGUAAAGAGAACUCGUCAAUGGCGAACUUCUACCACAAGUGGAGGGAUUCUGACUGUGUCUAUUGACAACCCAGGAGCAAUCAUAACCCCAGUUUCCCAGAAAUUACGAUUAACUCGUACUCCUGUGCCACCAUUUCUGAUGAAGAGGGACCAAUCUGAAGAGAAGAAGAUUCCUAAAGGGGUUCCAUUGCAGUUUGAUAUCAAUAGUGUUGGCAAACAGACAGGGAUGACAUUGAACGAACGUUUUGGGAUCCUGAAGGAACAAAGAACAGCACUGUCGCAGAACAAAGGAAGCCGUUUUGUAACAGUGGGUUAACCUGACAGAUGGACUUGAGCACUGAUCCCACCUACCUAAGAAACUGAGAUAAAAGUGGGCAAAAGAACACAGCAUAUGUCACUGAAAUUCUCUAGACUUUUUGCUAAAAUGGUGGCAGAACUAUCUCUCUUUAUUACUUUUACUUCAAAUGGUAAAAGAUACGAUGCCCUGAGGGGGGAAAGUGGGGAAACUGAUCUGCUGGAGUGGCACCAUCACCUGGUUGGAAAAGAUUACAUGGCCCAGCUGAUGACAAACACAGGUUUUGGUUCAUCUUGCAAACAUGAAUUUUAAAAGUUUUGGGCUUGGGGUUUUCUUGUUGGGGUUUUUUUUUUGUUUUAUUUAGGAGUGCUCAGUAUCAGUUCUUUGACCCCUCUGUUAUGGUAAAGAUUGUGUAACUGUUUCAUUACAAACCCCAUUUUAGGGUUUUUUAGGGACUGGCUAUGAACUUUCCUUUGGACUGCAGUUUGGCACAGAGCCUCAGUCCCUGAAUACUUUGGUAGUGAUGUAGCAGCAUUUUUCAUGGGAGCAUUGGUUGUACUUCUUUGUGCUUUUGAAGUUCAAUUUUUUUUCCUUUCUUGAAAACUUAAUGUUUUGCAUCUUCACUUUUUCAUAAAUAAAGCUAUUAGUUGAGACCCAAAAUAUAUAAAGGGGAUGGGGACUAUUGUACUCUUAUCCUUAAAAGUUUCUAGAUCAUACUGGAGGAAUACUGCACAGGCAGUAUGAGAGUAAUUUAUAUUACAAUUAGCUCAAGUUCAUCUUCCUCCUCUGCAAAUGGAGUAUGCCUGUCUCCUAUUUUUUCUUUAAACUUUUGCUUUCUAUUUGUUUUUUAAGUUGUUUUUUUUCCACAAACUUAAUGCAAUAACUUCAUAUUUUUGAGUAAUUUCAUAGGAAUAAAUGCAACAGUUUACAGGGAAGUCAGUGGUAUGGUAGAGUUCCUUACCCUCCCAGACAGAAUUGUUAUCUUUCAUACCUUGCCCCAGAGGGUUUUCUCUGGCUCUUAGAAAUAGCCAGAGGCAGGCAAUCUAAUGGCACUUGUUUGUAUAUACCAAAGAGAGUAAAGAUGUGAAGCUCAUCAGAAGUGGUCAGACAUCUUGAAAUUGGCUGAAAGUAGGGAACAUUGCUGGAGGAAAGCCCUCAGUUUGCCAGCAUGUGUAAGGCAUUAAGCAAGAGCAUGUAGUCACUUGCUUUAAGCUUAGUUUUGUGCCUCAGAAUCUGCAGGAUGGUAACAACUGAAACAUCCUCAGCGUCUAUUUUUAUGAUCCCUAAAACUGAGGCACCUGUUCAGAAUUGCUUCCAGACCAAGAACUGAUGAACUUAACACUGUUCUAUAGCAAUGAGAUUUAGGUGCAGUUAGGUUGAUUGGCUUGCUGCAUCCAGAAAUGUUUAUGGUCUUUGAAGUAGGUUUAAUUCCUUUUAUUGUUCUUGAAGAAUUUACAUUUGACUUCUUACAGAGGUGGUUUCCUUGCAUUUUUAUCUCAAAUUCCAAGUUAACUAGCAUUUACCAGGAACUUCAACGUUGAAGAGCAUUUGACAGUAGAAGGGCUUUUGUUUGUACAGCAGUUUUAAAGUCAGAGUGCAUCCUGAUGCUAUAUAGUACUUAAACCCUUAUUUUUAAUGUUGAAAGAUAUACCUUAGCAGAAACAAACUAAAUGUAAUGGUGUUAAGAGAUUUUUCUUAAUUACUAGUAGGAUUUUUUUUUUUAAAAAAAUGUCCCACUGUUAGAAUUUGAGUAGAUAAAGUGGUGUCAGUCACCUUAUUUCAGUGUAUACAUUUUCCAUGUGCCAGGAUGCAACAAAAAAAAAUCUUUUGCAUCAGCACAGAUGCAAAACAUUGAUGCAAUGCAUCAAAAAAUGCUAGUUUGUAUUUAAUGAGAAGAUGCUUUACACUGUACCUUUUGGUAUUUUUUGGAGAAGUUAUUACAUUUGAUCUAUUCUGAAGCUGUUAAUUUUUCUUUUUUUUUUUUUUAAUAAAAAGUUACAGUUUCA